AUGGCCGAGUGGUCCGCAAGCCCGGCUGUGAAGCAGGAGCUCUGCCAGCUUCGUGCCGGGCUCACCGACUCGAAGGCACGGCACCUCGACACAGCUCUGCUUUUGGAGCGGCUGUCAGGCCAAAAUGCUGCGCUGCGCCUGCAGCUCCGAGAGGGCCGAGAGGCUCAGCCGGAGGCAGGAGGAGCUGAGUCCACCCUGCGCACGUCCAGGUCUUGUCCAACUUCCAGAGCGGACAAAGAAAAUCGCCGUGAACUGCCAUCGCCAUCGGAGAAGCCGUGCACACCCAAGAAGCCGCACGCGCAGAUCCCGUGCUCGGGAGGGCAAGUCAAUGCAGGCGAGCUCGGGCUUUUAAGGCACCGGGUCUGGCAGCUGGAAAGGGAGCUGGAGGUGGAGAAGCGACGCAGCGCAGCGCUGCAGAAGAGAGUGGAUGGGCAAGAAGCGCAGCUGAAAGCUAGCGAGGCCACAGAUGUGGCACAGCUCAGAAACGAGCUUGCUUCUCUGAGAACAUGGGCGAAGCAAGUGCGGCUGGAGCAUGCAGCAGAGCAGGCCACCGCGGUCGCAGAGGCUUCUUCUCACUUCCUUCAGGCGCGAAUGAACGCUGACAAGCACACCGUCCAUGGGGAGACAGCAGACCAGCUUCGACAUGAACUGAAGCGAGAAGUUGAGGCAGCCCGUCUGCUCCACAAGGAGGAGCUCCGAGUCGCCACAGCCGAGCUUUCUGCACAACACACCUCGAACGAGUUUAAGGAGGAGUUGGCGGCUGCCGAGGUCUGCCGACAGUCCUGUGAAGAGAGUCGGCAGAAAGCUCAUUUGGAGGAGGAGGAGCUUGAGGCGAUUUCAACACUACUCAGAACCGAAGUGAUCCAAUCGGAGAAGGCGAUGCACGUGGCACGUAUGGAGAACCAAGUAAGGUGCCAGCAAGUCAAGGACCUGCGUCAGAAAGAGGCAGAGGAGCAGCAAGAGUACAAUUCGUUGGCUUUAGAUCGCGAUCGCUGGCGUGUGUGCUCCGCGAGCAUGGGCGAGAAUUACCAUCGAGAAGUCCUCGCUGCACAGCUCGAGCUAUCUGCGCAGAACCAGGAAGUGAGCCAGGCAUGCGCCGAGCUGCGUUCGGAGCUCACUGCGGCAGAGGCUGAGGUCAAUCCGCUCCGGACCAAGCUCCAAGAGGUGUCAGGCGAGAAUUCAUCUUUGUUGCAUGAAGGACGCUCUCUGAGGGAGCAAUUGGUGGAGUCUUUGCGAGAGGCCUCACGCAAUGGGGACCGACUCCUCGUGUCAUGGGAGAGGUGCAGGGCCGCCAGCGAGGAGGUCUCCUGUCUCAAAGCGGAGUUGGCCCAAGCUCGCGAGGAGGCCGCCGAGGUGGCGGAGGCGCUCGUGGAAGAGCAGUCCCAGGCAUCCGACCUGCGCUGCCGCCUGCGGAAGUCCGGACUGAUGCCAGCACUGGCCGCCGAAGGAACUCCGGAUCCUCGUGAACGCGAGGCCGUGUGCAAAUCUCCGCCGCUCUGGAGCCCUGCACAAGAUCUGUGGCCGAAGGUGCCCUCCAGUCCUGCAAGCAGCUGGCAGCCCCCCUGUUCGCCGGAGUUCCUGUCACCCAAGCUCGAGCGCAACCAAAAAAGAAAGCUGCUUCGUAGCCGUCGUCUUUAG